AUAUAUAUGGCGUGCAUAUCUCCCUUCUCAAAAAAAAAAGGCCCAAAACAAAGUUUACCAAAUAUCAAGAGGACGAAACAAUGGAAAAGCUACAAAGAUUACUUAAGGCUCUCCCUCAAGAUGCAGGAGGUACUUCACCGUUUCCCGGAUCAUGAAAUAAAGAACCUUUCUCAAAAAGAUGAAUACAGGUAUGGACCGCGCCUCAUGGUACACGACUGGAAAACACGUGUCUGGCUCUAUUUCGUAUGGCCCGAUGAUUGCACGCUCUCUGGACCUCUGGAUUCAGCGCUGGGUGAAGCUGUAUUCGUCGCUUGAAUAUCUAUUCAUAGCAAUCCGCGCUAUCCUGCAAACAAACUUUCUGUACGGGAGCACUGGUGCGGGUGUGAGACGUGAGGCGCUCGCCGCCCUCAUUGGGCAUUUUCUAAGGAGGAACCGUGACCGCUUCCCGGGAACGACGACUAGGGCAGCAACUUCUUGCGUUUUUGCACUUUUUUUUUUGGAGUGGGGGUCAAUCUUCAAACGACUGGAGUCGCCAUCGAUCGUCUUUCGACUGGCACUCGGCGAUGAAGUGCCGCAAACAUUUUAAAAGGUAUAGAAAACCGAGUCCCCCAGGUCUUCGUGGCCAACUGUACUUCAUGGACCUGAAGCGACGUUGCCUUGAAACCGGCAAAUAUGCUUUGGCACAACGACUAUGUGCCCAAAACCCUGCAGAGCUUCGCCACGAUCUGGGCCAUACGUGCUUGCAUACGAAGUACGUGCAAUCAAACUUCAGGGAAGCAGUUGAGAGGCUCUACGCCGGCCUCGCGCGUUCGACCUCCGGGGCCAGGACGUGUCACCCCGGCCACGAGUAUAUUGGGAGAGAUCCUCCAGUUCAAUUUUCGGGAGUCUGAACGGGCACGCCAUUCGAUCACAACCAGGCCCGAAGCAUCUUCGCUCUGCAGCAACCAGAGUGUCACCUGACUACCUCAUACGACAUGUUAGAGCUCUUAGUCACCUUCGUUGCUUGUGUGUAGUUAA